AACCCUGCCUGUAGCUACCUACCUGUAGGUACCUGUGGUUACCACCUUAGGUAGCGAGGUACCUGAAGUAACCCAAAGCUACGGUCGGUGGAGGAAAUGCUGGCUGAAUUGCCCGCCUGUGGGCAGCCCUCCCCCUGGCCAAGCUGCCCACCAAAUCGCUACAGGCUGGUCGAAUCAACAGCGUCAUGCGGCUUGUGAAAUUGACAACUUGGCUGAAUUUGGGAACAUCGGACAUCGUGCUCGACGGUAAAAGAGGCCAAAAAAAAAGAGGCACAACGGACUACCUCGCGAAACAUCUGACGACUGACGUACCUACCACUCGGCGACUUACCGUACCUCUCUCUCUCUCUGCCUCUGCUCUCGGUCUCAACCUUUUCCCAGUCGACGUCCGUCAUCGCUAUCUCUUCCUCCCCUCUACCGAGUCACCGCCCACUUCUUAAAACGUGGCCUCCGCCGGGCAUCCCAAUCCUGCAUCGUGGCUAUAAGUUGAGAAGCUCCAACGGCAUCCUACCACUUUAUCGUCUUACUUAUCACCGUACAAUCCCCUUAUCUCGACUCCCCUCGACUCGAUACGACUCAAGUCAAGGCGAAGGCGGGAAUUAUCUUGACGCCGCGAGCCGCAGCGAGCCUGUCAAAUAGUUCAUCAACGCCCGCUAGAAUUAUUCGCGCCUCGGGAAAAAGGACGAGCCGUAUACCUAUACUAGGAGGAGGACAAUCGCGCCAACAUGGCUGCCCCCAACGAUGGCUACGGCCAGUACCCUCCACAGCAGUACGGCCAGGAGGCGCCCUACUCCGACCAGCCGCCUACCGCGUACGACGGACCGACGUCACCGCCGCCUCAAGCCACGUCGCAUCAGGAGGCCGGCAAGAAGAAGAAGAGAGGCUAUGCUACCCAAGCAUUCGAGUUCGGAGCCGGCGCGAAUGCCGCCCCUACCCCCGGCAUCCCCGGGCCCAAUCCCGGCGUCACGUCCCCGACCAACUUCGGAGGCCCUGCGGCGCCACAACUUUCCCCGGGUUACGGCGCGUAUCCCGGACGGGAUUUUCAGCAGCCUGGCUACGCCUCUCCGGGGGUCGCACCCGUACCCUCACCGUACGGCGCUCCCCAACCAGGACUUGCUGCGCAGCCGGGCGUAGGAGGGUACCAGUCCCCGGAGCCAUAUUACCAACCCGGACCCGGGAAUCCACCUCCCGGCGUCGCUGGGAUCACCCAGGGCAUGGCCGGCAUGAACAUGGGCCCCGGCUCCGUCCCCGGCCCCCAGCCUGGUGCUCAGCAGCCCGGCCAGCCAGCCCGUCUUGCCCUGAACCAGCUCUAUCCCACCGAUCUACUCAACCAGCCCUUCAACGUCUCAGAACUCGAUUUGCCUCCUCCCCCUUGCAUACUGCCGCCGAAUGCCAGCGUCACCCAGUCUCCCGACGCGAACUGCCCUCCCAAGUAUAUCCGAUCGACGUUGAAUGCGGUUCCCACCACCCACGCCUUGUUGAAGAAGUCCAAGUUGCCAUUUGCCCUCAUUAUCCAGCCGUACGCCGCGCUUCACGAUAUCGAUGACCCCGUGCCGGUUGUCCAAGAUCAAGUUAUAGCCAGAUGCCGAAGGUGUAGAACGUAUAUCAACCCCUACGUGAUCUUCCUAGAUCAGGGUCACAGGUGGCGAUGUAAUAUGUGCAACCUUACCAAUGACGUGCCGCAGGCCUUCGACUGGGAUGCGGCCGCUCAGAAGAGCGUCAACCGAUGGGACAGGCACGAGCUGAACCACGCCGUCGUCGAAUUCGUGGCUCCCCAGGAGUAUAUGGUUCGUCCCCCGCAGCCGCUCGUAUACCUGUUCCUUUUCGAUGUCAGCUAUGCCGCUGUUUCUACCGGUCUCCUCGCUACUAGUGCGCGGACCAUUCUGGAUAGCUUAAAUCGGAUACCGAAUGCCGACCGACGGACCCGACUUGGCUUCAUCGCCGUUGACUCAAGCCUGUCCUAUUUUUCGAUCCCCAAAGACCACGAAGAGAACGCCGAGACGGGCAUGCUCGUCGUUAGUGAUCUAGACGAGCCGUUCCUUCCCGUCCCUCACGAUCUCCUGGUCCCCCUGAUCGAAAGUCGGAACACCAUCGAAAACUUCCUGACGAAGCUUCCCGACAUGUUCCAGAACAACCAGAGCAAUGGUUCGUGCAUGGGGUCAGCCCUGAGAGCUGGCCACAAACUCAUCUCACCAUUGGGCGGAAAGUUGGUCGUUCUCAGUGCUUCACUGCCGAACAUGGGGGUAGGGAAGUUGGAAAUGAGAGAAGAUAAGAAGCUUCUCGGUACUUCCAAGGAAAGCAGCCUCCUCCAGACGGCGAACAGCUUCUACAAGUCGUUCGCGGUGGAAUGCUCAAAAAACCAGGUCUCUAUCGACAUGUUCCUUUUCUCGUCACAGUACCAAGACGUCGCCUCACUAAGCAACCUCCCUCGAUACACCGGUGGCCAGACGUGGUUUUAUCCGGGAUGGAAUGCGGGCCGUGCCGAAGACGCUGUCAAAUUCGCGUCAGAAUUCAGCGACUACCUGUCCUCCGAGAUUGGUCUGGAGGCCGUCCUCAGAGUGCGGGCCACCACCGGCUUGCGCAUGAGCACAUUCUACGGCAACUUCUUCAACAGGUCUUCGGAUCUCUGCGCGUUCCCGGCGUUCCCCCGCGACCAAUGCUACGUGGUGGAGGUGGCUAUCGACGAGACACUGCAGAAGAACUACAUUUGUUUGCAGGCUGGCGUCCUCUACACUACGUGCAACGGAGAACGGCGCAUCCGUGUCAUGACCUUGUCGAUUCCCACAACCACUAACCUUGCUGACAUAUAUGCUUCUGCGGACCAGUGUGCCAUCACGACGUACUUUACUCAUAAGGCUGUCGAGAGAGCCCUGGGGAGCGGCCUAGACGCCGCUCGUGACGCCCUACAGAGCAAGCUGACCGAGCUUCUGCAGACCUUCAAGAAGGAACUCGGAGGUGGGAGCAUGGGCGGUGGCGGCCUGCAGUUCCCGGCCAAUCUGCGCGGGCUACCCAUACUCUUCUUAGGGUUGAUCAAGCAUAUCGGCCUCCGAAAGUCAGCCCAGAUCCCGUCGGAUCUCCGAUCCGCGGCUCUAUGCCAGCUUUCUACUUUACCGCUACCCCUCUUAAUGCAAUAUAUAUACCCCCGACUUUACUCGUUGCAUGAUAUGCCCGACAACGCCGGCGUUCCUGACCCGGAGACGAGCCAGAUUGUCCUGCCACCGCCCCUGAACCUGUCUUCGGAGCGAUUCGUAUCCUACGGCUUGUACCUGAUCGAUGAUGGCCAGACGCAAUUCUUGUGGGUCGGUCGCGACGCCGUACCCCAACUCCUGGCGGAUGUAUUUGGAGUGGAGGAUCGCACUCAGCUCCGUGUCGGCAAGGGGUCGCUUCCGGAAUUAAGCAACGACUUCAACGAGCGGGUACGAGCGGUUAUCCAGAAGAGCCGGGACCACCUGUCCCGUGGCGUUGGGAGCAUCAUUAUACCGCAUCUAUAUAUCGUGCGAGAGGAUGGCGAGCCAAGCCUGAAGCUAUGGGCACAGACACUGCUGGUCGAGGACCGGGCGGACCAGGGGAUGAGUUUCGGCCAAUGGAUGGGAACGAUGCGAGAAAAGGUUGUUCAGUAA